GCAAGCAGCGUCUCAUCCACAUUUUGCGGAAGAGAAACACUUUCUGUACACGUUUGAAUAGUUUCCAUAACAGUUCCUCUUCAUCGUCUUCGUUUGCUGUUGUUGCAAGCCUAGCUCGUUGAUUUCCGUCCGAGAAAAUGGGGGUUCGAGAGAAGGACUCUUUAUCCCAGUUGAAUUUGCCUCCGGGUUUCAGGUUCUAUCCGACAGAUGAAGAGCUUCUGGUUCAGUAUCUCUGCCGGAAAGUUGCAGGUCAUCACUUCUCUCUCCAAGUCAUCGGAGAAAUCGACCUUUACAAGUUCGAUCCUUGGGAUUUACCAAGCAAGGCCUUGUUUGGGGAAAAGGAGUGGUAUUUCUUCAGCCCAAGAGACAGGAAAUACCCGAACGGGUCGAGACCCAACAGAGUAGCCGGGUCGGGUUACUGGAAGGCGACGGGUACGGACAAGAUCAUCACGGCGGAUGGUCGCCGCGUCGGCAUCAAGAAAUCUCUCGUCUUUUACGCCGGGAAAGCUCCCAAAGGCACCAAAACCAACUGGAUCAUGCACGAGUAUCGUCUCAUCGAACCUUUUCGUACCACCACCCGUAGCUCCAAGUUGGAUGAGUGGGUUUUGUGCCGGAUUUACAAGAAAACCACGGCGGCUCAGAAACCGGGUCCGGGUCGAACUCGCCAUGACGAACUCAGCACGAACGGGUCGUCGUCUUCGUCGUGUUCAUCUUCCCAACUCGGCGACGUUCUCGACUCGUUCCCGGAGAUGAAGGAACAAUUCUUCAACCUCCCCCGGAUGAACUCGCUCAGAUCGCUUUUCAACGACGACAAGAUCGUAAAUCUCGAUUGGGCAACCUUGGCGGCUCUAAAUCCCGUACCGGAACUCGCUCCGAGUUACGGCGGCAAUAACUCGUCAUUUGCGGCGGUGGAGGAGGAGGCGGAGAGUGGGUUGACUCAGGGCUCCGGGUACAAUUGGAUCGGGUACGGGUUCAACCCGGUCGAGCCUGUCGGGUACGGGUUUUCGGGUCAGGCCGGUGAAUUUGGGUUAAGGCGGUGACGACGAUGAUGAGGAUGAGAGGGGCAAUUGAUGUAAAUAAUACGAAUUAUUUUAGCUAUUCUACAACAGUUUUGGUUUAGCAUUCCUGGAUGGAGCCCACAAUGUCGAACAGAUUACACGUGGCUCUUUCCGACCGUGUUUAGUAAAAUGAAAAACGAACCAUGUUAUUAUUGUCGCGGUAAAUCAUUUCAAUUUCAUUCUAA